AUGGUCCGCGCCCUACCGCUCGUCGCGCUGCUUUUAGUCGGCGCCUGCCAGGCAGCCACCACAUGGAACAGCACUCAUACGGAUUAUGAGAACUGGAAGAUAUGUCUGACGCGCGACAUCCAGGUCGGCGACGUGCUGAUGAUGAAGGGCAAGCUGGUCCCGAACGCGAACAGGUGGACGUGCAACAUUGAGAUGGAGUCCCGCAACGGCGUCUGGAUCCACGCCGACCAUCGCAUCGUGGCGAAGAACACGGUGUACAACUCGAAAUACCCGGGGCAGAAGUACCCGAAGGAGAUGAACUUUCCCAACAAGAUCCCCUACAAGGGGGGCGACGAGUUCGAGAUCCAUUUCACCAUCCAAUCGAAGAAAAGCACGUUGGUCAGCUACGGCGCUGGGGCUAAGUGGGGCGGAGCCUUGUUCACCCACAGCACGUCGAUCCCGAACCCCGGGCUCGAGAAUAUGAGGAUGAUUAGGUGCGACGGCGACAUGAAGGAAGUGAUGUUCCGCGGAGGUCCUGUUGGGCUGUGUGCAGGCCAAUCGCCUCCUGCACCAGCUCCAACUCCCGCCCAGAAACCGACCGAUGCUCCAACGACAGUCACCGAUGCGGCGACGACCACCCUGCAUACCGUCACAAUUCCCAACAGGAACGAUGGCAAUACCACUGAUGUUACAACAACAACGCCGGCAAAUGGCGGGACCACUGAGCACCCGGUCUUCCCAAAUCAAACGCCGGACAGUAGCCCGGCACCGGCCCCGUGCAGCGGAUACCAGUGUAUGGGCAAGAAA